AUGGCACCAGACUGGAGACAGAUAGCUGCUGAGAAACGUGAUUCAGUCCUCGCUCUGAUACCCGAAGAAUGGCGUAUUCCAGCACCACCAUCUGCAGAAGAGCAAAGAGAUGUCACUGGCAAGUUCACCCAGCAGUACCUGGAUCCCAGAGAAAUCGAGAUCACCGAGACAGAAGCUACUGAGAUCGUUAAGAAGACCAGUAGUGGUGAGUGGACUGCAGUUGAGGUCACAAAGGCUUUCUGCCAUCGUAGUGCAAUUGCCCAUCAGCUAGUGAACUGUCUCCACGAAAUCUUCUACGAGGCUGCGAUCGAAUCUGCUCAGAAACUUGACCAUUACUUUGCAAAUCACAAGAAGCCAAUGGGACCUCUGCACGGUUUACCAGUCUCUCUGAAGGACCAGUUCCAUGUCAAGGGGGUCGAGACUCAUAUGGGUUAUGUUGGUUGGAUUGGUACCUUCCAAGGUGAAAAAGGAACAGGUAAGGAGAAGGUAUAUGAGUCCGAAAUGGUCAAGGAGCUACGCAGUCUCGGCGCUGUGCUAUACGUCAAAACAGCGGUGCCGCAUACUUUGAUGUGUGGCGAGACUACCAAUAACAUCAUCGACUAUUGCUGGAACCCUACCAACAGAAACCUCAGUUCUGGCGGUAGCUCUGGUGGUGAGGGUGCCCUGAUCUCGCUGAAGGGUAGCCCUCUGGGCUGGGGCACUGACAUUGGUGGAAGUAUCAGAAUCCCUGCUGCGUUCAAUGGACUCUUUGGCUUGAGACCCAGUGCCGGGAGACUGCCCUAUGAAGGAAUGGCCAACUCAUUCGAUGGAGCUCCGAGUAUUCUGAGCGUUGUUGGACCUCUGUCAUCGUCGUCUGGUGGUGUCAAAUUGGCUGUGCAGUCUAUUCUGCAAACCGAACCGUGGCUACAUGAUCCACGUGUGCAUCCCAUACCUUGGAGGAGCGAACAGGAAGAGGUUGCCAAGAAGCUGGCACAGGAGAAGAAACUCACAUUUGCAGUCUUCAAGCACGAUGGACUCUGUGCUCCACACCCUCCGAUCAAGAGGGCUCUGGAAGAAACCGCCCAGAAACUGCAAGCUCUCGGUCACAAGGUCAUUGAAUGGCAACCUCCAAGCCAUGGAAAGCUAGAAGAUAUUUGCACCAAGUCUUGGAACUACGACGGUGGUGCAGACGCUGCAAGAGCCUUUGCCCUAAGUGGGGAGGAGCCCAAGCCCAACAUCAUGUUUGAAGAGUCUCCUCAAGCCAAUGCUACAGACAUUAUGCGUAACCAAGUCAACAAGAGAGAUGCCGAGAAAGAGUAUAUGGAGUACUGGAACUCGACCAGCGAAUUGACUGGCACGGGUCGUCCAGUAGAUGCUAUUAUCAGCCCGCUCGCGCCAUUUACUGCAGCCCGACCUAACAAAUACACUUCCUACAGCUACUCGGUCUGGGUCAACGUACUCGACUAUAGCUCUGCGAUCGUGCCUGUCACCAAGGUUGACAAGAACGUGGACAAAGCUUACACCGAUUACAAACCAGUUUCAGAGACAGAUGAGAAGACACAAGCAUCUUAUGACCCAGAAAUUUAUGAUGGCGCUCACGUGUCGCUUCAAGUCGUGUGUAGGAGGUUGGAGGAGGAAAAGGUGCUGGCAAUUUCAGAAUAUGUCUACCAGGCCAUUCAUGAUUGA